AUGGACGUGGACAUGGACAUGGACAUGGACGUGGACAUGGACGUGGACAUGGACGUGGACAUGGACGUCGACAUGGACGUGGACAUGGACGUGGACGUGGACGUGGACGUGGACGUGGACGUGGACAUGGACGUGGACUUGGACGUGGACGUGGACGUGGACGUGGACGUGGACGUGGACAUGGACGUGGACUUGGACGUGGACGUGGACGUGGACAUGGACGUAGACAUGGACGUGGACGUGGACGUGGACAUGGACGUGGACGUGGACGUGGACGUAGACGUGGAGGUGGAGGUGGAGGUGGACGUGGACAUGGACGUCGACAUGGACUUGGACGACGUGGACGUGGACGUGGACGUGGACGUGGACGUGGACGUGGACGUGGACGUGGACGUGGACGUGGACGUGGACGUGGACGUGGACGUGGAGGUGGACGUGGACGUGGAGGUGGACGUGGACGUGGACGUGGACGUGGAGGUGGACGUGGAGGUGGACGUGGAGGUGGACGUGGAGGUGGACGUGGACGUGGACGUGGACGUGGAGGUGGACGUGGAGGUGGACGUGGAGGUCGACGUGGAGGUGGACGUGGACGUGGACCUGGACGUGGACAUGGACGUGGACUUGGACGUGGACGUGGACGUGGACGUGGACAUGGACGUCGACAUGGACGUGGACGUGGACGUGGACGUGGAGGUGGACGUGGAGGUGGACGUGGAGGUGGACCUGGACGUGGAGGUGGACGUGGACGUGGAGGUGGAGAUGGACGUGGAGGUGGACGUGGACGUGGAGGUGGACGUGGACGUGGAGGUGGACGUGGACGUGGAGGUGGACGUGGACGUGGACGUGGAGGUGGACGUAGACGUGGAGGUGGACGUGGACGUGGACGUGGACGUGGACGUGGACGUGGACGUGGACAUGGACGUGAACGUGGACGUGGACGUGGACGUGGACGUGGACGUGGACAUGGACGUGGACAUGGACGUGGACGUGGACGUGGACGUGGACGUGGACGUGGAGGUGGACGUGGACGUGGACGUGGACGUGGAGGUGGACGUGGACGUGGAGGUGGACGUGGACGUGGACGUGGAGGUGAACCUGGACGUGGAGGUGGACGUGGACGUGGAGGUGGAGAUGGACGUGGAGGUGGACGUGGACGUGGAGGUGGACGUGGACGUGGAGGUGGACGUGGACGUGGAGGUGGACGUGGUUGUGGACGUCGAGGUGGACGUGGACGUGGAGGUGGACGUGGACGUGGACGUGGACGUGGACGUGGACGUGGACGUGGACAUGGACGUGGACGUGGACGUGGACAUGGACGUGGACGUGGACAUGGACGUGGACAUGGACAUGGACAUGGACGUGGACAUCGACGUGGACAUGGACGUGGACAUGGACGUCGACAUGGACGUGGACAUGGACGUGGACGUGGACGUGGACGUUGACGUGGACGUGGACGUGGACGUGGACAUGGACGUGGACUUGGACGUGGACGUGGACAUGGACGAAGACAUGGACGUGGCCGUGGACGUGGACUUGGACGUGGACGUGGACGUGGACGUGGACAUGGACGUGGACAUGGACGUGGCCUUGGACGUGGACGUGGACGUGGACGUGGACAUGGACGUAGACAUGGACGUGGACGUGGACGUGGACAUGGACGUGGACGUGGACGUGGACGUGGACGUGAACGUAGACGUGGAGGUGGAGGUGGAGGUGGACGUGGACAUGGACGUCGACAUGGACGUGGACGUGUGGACGUGGACGUGGACGUGGUUGUGGACGUGGACGUGGACGUGGACGUGGACGUGGACGUGGACGUGGACGUGGACGUGGACGUGGAGGUGGACGUGGACGUGGACGUGGACGUGGACGUGGAGGUGGACGUGGAGGUGGGACGUAGACGUGGACGUGGACGUGGAGGUGGACGUGGAGGUGGACGUGGAGGUGGACGUGGACAUGGACGUGGGCGUGGACGUGGACAUGGACGUGGACGUGGACGUGGACGUGGACGUGGACGUGGACGUGGAUAUGGACGUGGACUUGGACGUGGACGUGGACAUGGACGAAGACAUGGACGUGGCCGUGGACGUGGACUUGGACGUGGACGUGGACGUGGACGUGGACAUGGACGUGGACAUGGACGUGGCCUUGGACGUGGACGUGGACGUGGACGUGGACAUGGACGUAGACAUGGACGUGGACGUGGACGUGGACAUGGACGUGGACGUGGACGUGGACGUGGACGUGGACGUAGACGUGGAGGUGGAGGUGGAGGUGGACGUAGACAUGGACGUCGACAUGGACGUGGACGUGGACGUGGACGUGGACGUGGACGUGGACGUGGACGUGGACGUGGACGUGGAGGUGGACGUGGAGGUGGACGUGGACGUGGAGGUGGACGUGGAGGUGGACGUGAGGUGGACGUGGAGGUGGACGUGGGCGUGGACGUGGGCGUGGACGUGGACAUGGACGUCGACAUGGACGUGGACGUGUGGACGUGGACGUGGACGUGGACGUGGACGUGGACGUGGACGUGGACGUGGACGUGGACGUGGACUUGGACGUGGACGUGGACGUGGACGUGGAGGUGGACGUGGACGUGGACGUGGACGUGGAGGUGGACGUGGAGGUGGACGUGGGCGUGGACGUGGGCGUGGAGGUGGACAUGGACGUCGACAUGGACGUGGACGUGGGCGUGGACGUGGACGUGGACGUGGACGUGGACGUGGACGUGUGGACUUGGACGUGGACGUGGACGUGGACGUGGACGUGGACGUGGACGUGGACAUGGACGUGGACAUGGACGUGGACGUGGACGUGGACGUGGACGUGGACGUGGACGUGGACGUGGAGGUGGACGUGAACGUGGAGGUGAACGUGGAGGUGGAGGUGGAGGUGGAGGUGGACGUGGAGGUGGACGUGGAGGUGGACGUGGACGUGGAGGUGGACGUGGACGUGGAGGUGGACGUGGAGGUGGACGUGGACGUGGAGGUGGACGUGGACGUGGAGGUGGACGUGGACGUGGAGGUGGACGUGGACGUGGAGGUGGACAUGGACGUGGACGUGGAGGUGGACGUGGAGGUGGACGUGGAGGUGGACGUGGAGGUGGACGUGGAGGUGGACGUGGAGGUGGACGUGGAGGUGGACGUGGAGGUGGACGUGGACGUGGACGUGGACGUGGACGUGGAGGUGGACGUGGACGUGGACGUGGACGUGGACGUGGAGGUGGACGUGGACGUGGACGAGGACGUGGACGUGGACGAGGACGUGGACACGUGGACGUGGACAUGGACGUGGACGUGGACCGUGGACGUGGACGACGUGGACAUGGACGUGGACGUGGACGUGGACGUGGACGUGGACGUGGACGUGGACGUGGACGUAGACGUGGACGUGGACAUGGACGUGGACGUGGACGUGGACGUGGACGUGGACGUGGACGUGGACAUGGACGUAGACGUGGACGUGGACGUGGACGUGGACAUGGACGUGGACGUGGACGUGGACGUGGACUGA